AUGGCCCAGCCAUACUCGCUCGAUCUACAAGUCCCGGGGAACAAGGGUUAUGAUGGCCGUACGGACCCUGAGGUCCAUGUCAACACCAAUUAUGGCAACAUGAUGAUGAUAGGUGUGUCAGACGCCGUGAUGUGUAGGGCUUUCUAUUCCACGCUUGCCGGUCGGGCGGCGAAGUGGUUUCGUACGUUACCGUCGGGUUCUAUUUCUGAUUUUGCUACCCUGGCGAUGAAGUUUAUGCGGAAGUUUGUUACUUCCAAGAUAGUAAGAAAGCCCUACAUGUAUUUGGAAAAGGCCAAGCAGCUGGAAGGGGAGAGCUUGUCCGAUUUCCUGGUCAAGUGGAAAGCCGCGGUCGGGGAGGUUGAGCCGAUGGAUGAUGCAACCGCCACCCAUAUGCUUCAUAUCUCGCUCCGGGCCGGUUACCUUUAUCAAGAUUUCAUCCUCCAUCCCCCGACCACUUAUGAAGAGGCCUUUCGAAGGGUGACGGAUUACGCUAACGCCGGAGAAGCGAAUGCCGUCAAAAGAUCACAGGAGGUCGGGACUUCAUCCCGCAAACCCAUCGGUCGGGCAGAGCAUCGAUCGGGUGAUGACCAUCCUCGACCCCGCACCCGACCUGGCGAGUUUACAGCCUUAAACCGAUCUGCAACUGAAGCUAUGCAGUACGCUCAGUCCUGCAAUCUCAUCCGACUCCCUCAUCCCGGACAAGACGGACCGGACAAAUCUAAGCAUUGUGCUUACCACCGGUGUGCAGGGCAUGACACAGAAGAGUGCACGCACUUACACCAGCUGUUGGAGGAUUUGCUUAGUAUCGGAAAGCUGGACAAGAUUCACCGGGGCUCUCAUUCGCCCUGA